UUGUGUGCACGGAUUCCGUGUCACUACACGUACCCGUCGGAACUGAACAAUAAAGGACGGACUGGAAUCUGGUUUAACAGUGAGUCGCACGACAACAAAGGUCCUGUAGCCUUCCACUCCAGGGAUCCCAGUCGAGAAUUAACAAAGUUUCAGCAUCGGACCCGGCUGUCAGGAAUCCUGAAAGACAACGACUGUUCCCUGGUUAUAGACAACGUCACGCAGCCAGAUACAGGUCCUUAUUUAUUCAGAGUUGAAUUCGAUGGGGGGGGAGAUUACAGCUACCACCCUGCAACACAGCUCAGUGUUACUGAUUUCACGGAUAAACCCACGAUAUUCCCUGCUGAAUUGGUGGCAGGAAAGCCUGUGAACAUGGCCUGCUCCUUCAACACCACGUGUGAUGGAACGGCCCCCACCUUAACCUGGGUCACCCCCGCUGAUGAACCACCGUCAGCCUCACACAGCGUAACUCAGCAGGGUGACACUCUGACAUAUACUUCUGUUCUGUCCCUGACCCCAGCGCUCAAACAUCACGGGCAAAUCCUCACCUGCAGAGUCACAUACCCAACUGUGUCAUCGGAGCAGACCCUCACACUGACUGUGGAAUAUGCACCAGAGAUUUCCUGGGAUUCGGGAUGCACUCACACACCUGAGAGUGUCACCUGUGUGUGUGCGGCCAGGUGCAACCCACCCGGAGAGCUCACCUGGCGCCUCCCCCUCGCCAACUUCAGCGGAAAUCAAACCCACGGACGUCUCCACAUCUGGCAGGUGGCAAGCGGGCAUCUGGUGUAUGGGUCCCUCACUCUGAGAGGGGGUGAAGGAAGGGAGGACGUGACGGCCGUGUGCUCAGUCCGAAACCGGCACGGGGAAGCCAUGCUCAUGGUGUAUCUGGCGACGGAAGGUGAGGACAUUUAUGGGCGAGGGAAGUCAGAGAGCCAGAGAGUCAUACUGUAAUGGCCAUUUCUAACUUUUACAAUGUCCAACUUUC